AUGGAGGAAACUGAGAAUCGUGCUGUCAUAAAGUACCUUCAUUUGAAAGGCAUGACUCCAUCAGAAAUCCAUAAAAAUAUGGUGAGAACCUUAACAGACAAUGCUCCUUCAUACGCAACAGUCAAACAGUUGGUAAACGAAUUCCAGCGUGGCAGAGAGAGUGUGGAAGAUGAUCCCAGACCAGGAAGACCUCCAACUGCAACCACCGAGGACAAUAUUGACCUUGCUCUUGGUAUGAUAAUGCAAGAUCGUCGAAUAUCAUGUCGUUGGGCAGCCAAGAGACUGGGCAUCUCAACUGAGAGAGCAGACAACAUUGUGACAAAAGAACUUGGGUUCUCAAAGGUUUCUGCAAGGUGGGUCCCUCGCCUUUUGACUCCUGAACAGAAAUGCGCCAGGUGCACUUUGUCCUCGAGCAAUCUGGAAGUGUUUGAAACCGAUGAAGAGAGCUUUCUUGCUCGUUUCAUUACUAUGGACGAAAGUUGGGUUCAUCAUUACCAGCCUGAAAUCAAAGAAGGCCAGGACUUAGCCCCCUCUGACUUACAUCUAUUCCCAAAAAUGAAAGAUACCCUGGCUGGUCGCCAUUUUGGUAGUGACAAUGACGUCAUAGACGCUGUAGUAAGUUUCUUGGAGUCUCAAACAAAAGAGUUCCUCUAUGCCGAGAUAAUGGCGCUUCAGCAUCGCUGGAGAAAGUGUUCAGCUAUCGAGGGGGACUAUGUUGAAAAAUAA